AUGUCCUGUCCAACGCACAACCACCACCAUCGCCCGCGCACUGACAACAACAAUGACGCUGCCGCUAACCAAAGCGUUCGCAUGCGCCGCCACACACCACACGAACCAGUCGCCAAUCGUUGCCCCAUCCAUCCCCCAAGUGCUGACUCAGUGACGCGUGCAAACCAGCAUUGCGCCCGCCCGCUGUCAAACAAUGCCCUUGUUCAUGGCUCCGUCAUCACAACCACUGCUACAAUGAGACUGCUCAUACUUACAUAUUGA